CGUUCCUCGAGAACGCGUCGCGUCGCUUGACGAUCGAUCUCUCCAAAAUUUCCGCCUGCGAUCGCGAGUGUCAUCCGGCGGAAAUGUACCAUUUCAAACUACCCUCUCUACGCGACAUCCCCACGAAAGUGUUAUUCUACGAAAUGUGAUCCCUCUUCCUCUUCGACAAAACUUGGAAAAUUUACACGAACCAUGAGAUCGGUCGCAAACUUCAGAACUCGGUGUUUCUGAGACACGUGUGUGUGAACGAUUUAACGUUUGAAUAAAGUUUGCGAUAUUUGACUGAAAAGGAAAUAGUGCGUAACUUGAUGGUGAAGUGAACUUGGUACCGUAUGGUCUGUGAACAGGUUACGUGUAGUAAAGAGGAACUGACUGUCCGAGGUCGUUGUGCUGGUGAAAUGUGCAAACUGUUUUGAACUGGUGGCCAAUAGACGGGUUAAUACGCGGCUCAACCUGAGGCAAUUAUCUUGGUGAGACCACUGGUGCUAAUUAAUCAUUGCAACUAGCUGUGAAGUCCCGUGGUAGACGUUCAUCUUGAAACUUCUUCGACGGUGUAGUGCGUAUUUCCUGUCGAAAGAUCUACGAACAAAUUGGUCUGACGAUUCUCUCGGUCGUAACCGGAAAUUAUGAGGUGGCUGUGGAUUAUCGUGCUAAUAGCUCUGGCGCUGCCAGCGGCCGUGCCACGGAAGACACAUCGCAAUAAACCAACACCGAGGUUGUACGGGGACAGGGUGCCUGUCAGCCUAAUAAGGACGAGCAGCAGCAAGGUCCGACAGAAGAUCGUCGAUACCCACAACUAUUUUCGCACGCAGGUCAAACCACCGGCUGCUAACAUGCUGGUUAUGAAAUGGCAUCCAGGUUUGGCGAAAGCAGCCCAAAGAUGGGCAAACCGAUGUCUGGGAUUGGUCCACGACAACGCAACCGGCCUAUAUUUGGAUGGUUUUGGACAGAGCGGACAAAACAUUUUCAUCACAACGGGACAAACCCUAUGGAAUUUCGCGAUCAGAAUGUGGUUCAUGGAGUAUAAAGACUUCAAAUAUGGCGACAACAAAGCGAACGAUCUUCACGAGAUAGGUCACUAUACUCAAAUAGCAUGGGCCAGCACACACAUGGUGGGCUGUGGUGUAAGCCACUGUACCGGAAGUAGAGGGCCCCUUGGAAAGGACUUCUUCAUGUACGUGUGCAACUAUGCCCCGAGCGGCAACUACAAAGAUCGACUAGGUCAGCCUUAUGUGGCAGGCAAACCGUGCAGCAUGUGCAACGGCCAUUGCACACGUAACAAGCUUUGCACGAACGCUUGCUAUUACACCGAUUUGUGGUCGAACUGCGCAGAGCUGGUGAGGACGUUUCGCGCUUGGGUCUGCGAGACGAACACAAAGGAAGGACGAGAACGACGGAAAUUCUGCGGUGCUACGUGCAAUUGCAAGGGCAAGAUCUACUAUCACCACGGGUAG